AUGAAAGGGAUCUGCAGAGGGGAAAUCCGUGCAAAGGAAUCGAAAUUAGCAGACUUUUGGGAAAGGGGAUGUACUAAAUGUGGCCGGCUGGACUUCAUCCUGGUGAAGAAAAUGGAGAUUAAAAGUGGAUUUACAUUUUGGAACCUCGUCUUUUUAUUGAUGGUUUCGUGUGUGAAAGGAUUUAUUUAUACCUGUGGUGGAACUUUAAAAGGACUUAAUGGCACUAUAGAAAGCCCUGGCUUCCCAUAUGGAUAUCCAAAUGGUGCAAACUGUACAUGGGUUAUAAUAGCAGAAGAAAGAAACAGAAUACAGAUCGUCUUUCAGUCUUUUGCUCUAGAAGAAGAAUAUGAUUAUUUGUCAUUAUAUGAUGGGCAUCCUCAUCCUGCAAACUUUAGGACAAGGUUAACAGGAUUUCAUCUUCCUCCACCUGUGACAAGUACAAAAUCUGUAUUUUCACUGCGCUUGACAAGUGACUUUGCAGUUAGUGCUCACGGGUUUAAAGUUUACUAUGAAGAAUUACAGAGUAGUUCCUGUGGCAAUCCAGGAGUUCCACCAAAGGGUAUCUUGUACGGUACAAGAUUUGAUGUUGGUGACAAAAUCCGAUACAGCUGUGUAACUGGAUAUAUUUUGGAUGGCCACCCUCAGCUUACUUGCAUAGCUAACUCCGUGAAUACGGCAUCAUGGGACUUCCCCAUUCCUAUCUGUAGAGCUGAGGAUGCAUGUGGAGGAACUAUGAGAGGAUCCAGUGGUAUCAUCUCGAGCCCCAACUUUCCUAAUGAAUAUCAUAAUAAUGCAGAUUGCACAUGGACAAUUGUGGCAGAGCCUGGGGAUACUAUCUCGCUCAUAUUUACAGAUUUCCAAAUGGAAGAAAAAUAUGAUUAUUUGGAAGUAGAAGGUUCUGAACCACCUACAAUAUGGCUCUCUGGAAUGAAUAUACCUCCUCCAGUUAUCAGCAACAAAAACUGGCUCAGACUACAUUUUGUAACGGACAGCAAUCACCGAUACCAUGGAUUUAGCGCUCACUACCAAGGUUCUUCCACUUUGAUCAAAACUGCCUCCACUGGUGAGUUAGAGGAGCAUAUUGCGGCCACUACUGGUGUUAUUACUGUUGCUAGCACAUCUGCUGAUGUUGCUGUAUCCAGUGCAGUGACCAUCUAUAGACAACCUUCUGAAGAGCAACAAGUGCAAGCUAUGAAUAUAAGAAAAUCAAUUCUGGAGUCGGCCACUUCCAAGGAAGCACUCUCCCUUCAUCAAGCAAAUUUACAAAGCACAAGAAGACGACCAAGAAAUGCUGAGCAGAUAGAAAGAACUAAAGAACUUGCAGUUGUUACUCAUAGAGUGAAAAAGGCCAUAGAUUUUAAGUCUAGAGGAUUUAAAUUGUUUCCAGGGAAAGACAACAGCAACAAGUUUUCUAUCUUAAAUGAGGAAGGAAUUAAACAGGCAUCCAAUUUGUGUCCAGAUCCUGGAGAACCAGAAAAUGGAAAACGGAUAGGCUCAGAUUUUAGCCUGGGAGCAACAGUACAGUUCUCCUGCGAUGAAGAUUAUGUGCUACAAGGUUCAAAAAGUAUCACCUGUCAGAGGAUAGCUGAAGUUUUUGCUGCAUGGAGUGAUCAUAGACCUGUGUGUAAAGUCAAGACUUGCGGAUCCAAUCUUCAGGGACCUGGAGGCACUUUCACGUCACCCAAUUUUCCAUUCCAGUAUGACAGCAAUGCUCAAUGUGUGUGGGUCAUCACAGCUAUCAAUACUAAUAAGGUUAUUCAGAUAAAUUUUGAAGAAUUUGAUCUGGAGAUUGGCUAUGACACACUGACAAUUGGUGAUGGAGGAGAAGUGGGUGAUCCUAAAACUGUACUUCAAGUGUUAACUGGGAGCUUUGUACCAGACUUAAUUGUGAGCAUGAGCAAUCAGAUGUGGUUGCACCUUCAAACGGAUGAAAGCGUGGGCUCAAUUGGUUUCAAGGUUAACUACAAAGAAAUUGAAAAGGAAAGCUGUGGGGAUCCUGGAACACCGUUGUAUGGUAUCAGAGAAGGGGAUGGAUUUUCUAACCGUGAUGUUUUAAGGUUUGAGUGUCAGUUUGGAUUUGAAUUGAUUGGAGAGAAAUCAAUCAUUUGCCAAGAAAACAACCAGUGGUCUGCAAACAUACCAAUCUGUAUUUUUCCUUGCCUUUCCAAUUUCACUGCACCAAUGGGAACAGUUCUUUCACCUGAUUAUCCAGAGGGAUAUGGGAAUAAUUUAAACUGUAUCUGGACAAUAAUUUCCGACCCUGGGAGCCGAAUCCAUCUCUCUUUUAAUGACUUUGACUUGGAAUCUCAGUUUGACUUCCUUGCAGUUAAAGAUGGUGACUCUCCAGAUUCCCCCAUAAUAGGAACGUUUACUGGUGCUGAAGUUCCUUCCCAUCUUACCAGUAAUGGUCAUAUUUUGCGUCUGGAAUUUCAAGCUGACCAUUCAAUGUCAGGCCGUGGAUUUAACAUCACUUAUAACACAUUUGGACAUAACGAGUGCCCUGAUCCUGGAGUGCCAAUCAAUGCUCGGCGUUUUGGCGACAACUUUCAGCUGGGGAGCUCAAUUUCUGUUAUAUGUGAGGAAGGAUUUAUUAAAACACAAGGAACUGAAACAAUUACUUGUAUGCUAAUAGAUGGAAAAGUAAUGUGGAGUGGACCUAUUCCUAAGUGUGGAGCUCCAUGUGGUGGGCAUUUUUCAUCUCCCAGUGGAGUAAUCCUCUCUCCAGGCUGGCCCGGGUACUAUAAAGAUUCCUUGAAUUGUGAGUGGGUGAUAGAAGCUGAACCAGGACACUCUAUCAAAAUUACAUUUGAAAGAUUUCAGACAGAACUCAAUUACGAUGUUUUGGAAGUUCAUGAUGGACCAAAUUUAUUAUCUCCACUUCUGGGAUCUUACAAUGGUACACAGGUCCCACAAUUCCUGUUUAGCAGUAGCAAUUUCAUUUAUCUUCUCUUUACAACUGACAACAGUCGUUCUAACAAUGGAUUCAAGAUUCACUAUGAAAGUGUAACUGUUAAUACUUAUUCUUGCUUGGAUCCUGGCAUACCAGUGCAUGGACGUCGUUAUGGACAUGACUUCUCUAUAGGUUCCACUGUCUCAUUUAGUUGUGAUCCAGGUUAUAGGCUGAGUCAUGAGGAGCCUUUGCUAUGUGAAAAAAAUCACUGGUGGAGUCACCCACUCCCAACUUGUGAUGCUUUAUGUGGUGGAGAUGUUAGAGGACCUAGUGGAACAAUUUUAUCCCCUGGUUAUCCUGAUCUGUAUCCAAAUUCACUGAAUUGUACAUGGACUGUGGAUGUUACGAAAAGAAAAGGAGUGCAGUUCACCUUCUACAGCUUUCAUUUGGAGGAUCAUCAUGACUACUUACUAAUAACAGAGAAUGGCAGUUUCACACAGCCAUUAGCACGUCUGACUGGCUCAGAGCUUCCUUCACCCAUCAAUGCUGGUCUCUAUGGAAAUUUCAGGGCUCAAUUGCGCUUUAUUUCAGAUUUUUCAAUAUCAUAUGAAGGAUUUAAUAUUUCUUUCUCUGAGUAUAAUCUUGAACCUUGUGAAGAUCCUGGGAUCCCACAAUUUGGUAACAGAAUAGGAUUUAAUUUUGGAGUGGGAGAUAUUCUGACAUUCUCCUGUUCAUCUGGAUAUCGUUUAGAAGGAGCUUCAGAGAUUAUUUGUCUUGGUGGUGGCCGACGAGUAUGGAGUGCACCUCUUCCAAGGUGUGUGGCUGAAUGUGGAGCCUCCACGACAAAUAAUGAAGGAAUCUUAUUGUCUCCCAAUUAUCCUCUUAACUAUGAAAAAAACCAUGAAUGUAUUUAUAGCAUUCAGGUACAAGCAGGGAAAGGAAUCAAUAUUUCUGCCAGAACAUUUCACUUAGCCCAAGGAGAUGUUCUUAAGAUCUAUGAUGGCAAAGACAACACUGCUCACCUGCUGGGUGCGUAUACUGGGGCAUCAUUAAGAGGCCUGACGCUAAGUAGUACUUCAAAUCAUUUGUGGUUGGAAUUUAACUCAGACAUGGAGGGCACUGAUGAAGGUUUUCAGCUUGUGUAUACCAGUUUUGAGCUUUCACAUUGUGAGGACCCUGGUGUGCCACAGUUUGGAUAUAAAAUCAGUGACCAAGGCCAUUUUGCUGGAAGCACUAUAAUUUAUGGAUGCAAUCCAGGUUAUACACUCCAUGGAAGUAGCCUUCUAAAGUGUAUGACUGGGGAAAGAAGGGCAUGGGACUAUCCUCUGCCAUCAUGUAUUGCUGAAUGUGGAGGCCGUUUUAAAGGAGAAUCAUCAGGAAGAAUCUUAUCUCCUGGCUAUCCUUUUCCCUAUGACAACAAUCUGCAUUGCAUGUGGGUGAUUGAAGUAGACCCAGGAAAUAUUGUCAGCCUCCAGUUUCUUGCUUUUGAUACUGAGGCAUCCCAUGACAUUCUACGAGUUUGGGAUGGUCCACCUGAGAAUGAGAUGUUACUCAAAGAAAUUAGUGGAUCCCUUGUUCCUGAAGGCAUUCACAGUACACUCAACAUAGUAACUAUCCAGUUUGACACAGAUUUUUAUAUCAGCAAAUCCGGAUUUGCCAUACAGUUUUCAAGUUCUGUAGCUACUGCCUGCCGUGAUCCUGGUGUCCCCAUGAAUGGAACUAGAAAUGGGGAUGGAAGAGAACCUGGGGACACUGUCAUUUUUCAGUGUGACCCUGGCUAUGAACUGCAAGGAGAUGAGAGGAUAACUUGCAUUCAGGUAGAAAAUCGGUACUUCUGGCAGCCCAACCCACCAGUCUGUAUAGCUCCCUGUGGAGGAAACUUGACUGGCUCAUCAGGUUUUAUACUUUCACCAAACUUCCCUCAUCCUUAUCCCCACAGCAGAGAUUGUGACUGGACUAUCACUGUUAAUAAUGAUUAUGUUAUAUCAUUAGCAUUUAUCAGUUUCAGUAUAGAACCAAAUUAUGAUUUUCUUUAUAUCUAUGAUGGGCCAGACAGUAAUAGCCCACUGAUUGGGAGCUUUCAAGACAGCAAACUGCCAGAGAGGAUAGAAAGCAGUUCAAAUACCAUGCAUCUGGCUUUUCGGAGUGAUGGAUCUGUUAGUUUUACUGGAUUCCACCUAGAGUACAAAGCAAAGCUUCGUGAGUCUUGCUUUGAUCCUGGAAAUAUAAUGAAUGGAACAAGACUUGGAAUGGAUUAUAAACUGGGGUCAACUGUUACAUAUUACUGCGAUGCAGGUUAUGUUCUUCAAGGAUAUUCUACACUAACAUGUAUCAUGGGAGAUGACGGAAGACCUGGAUGGAACAGAGCCCUGCCUAGUUGUCAUGCACCCUGUGGAAGCCGGUCAACAGGCUCUGAAGGAACUGUAUUAUCACCAAACUACCCCAAGAAUUAUAGUGUUGGUCACAACUGUGUUUACUCUAUCACUGUUCCUAAGGAAUUUGGUAAAGAUGCACUGAAUGUUAAUGUUCUUAAGAAAAAUGAAACAUUCCAAGGUGAAUCCCUUCCAUUGAGCUCAGGUAACCAGAUCACGGUUAGAUUUACUUCAGUUGGACCAAUAACAGCUAAAGGAUUUCAUUUUGUUUAUCAAGCUGUUCCAAGAACAAGUGCAACACAGUGUAGCUCUGUGCCUGAACCAAGAUUUGGAAAAAGGAUUGGAAAUGAAUUUGCAGUUGGGUCAUUGGUUCUUUUUGAGUGCAAUCCAGGCUAUGUCCUCCAUGGGUCAACAGCAAUUAGAUGUGAUACAGUACCAAAUGCAUUGGCACAGUGGAAUGAUUCACUCCCUACAUGUGUUGUGCCCUGUGGUGGAAUUUUAACAAAGCGCAAAGGGACCAUUUUGUCUCCUGGUUACCCUGAGCCUUAUGACAACAAUCUGAAUUGUGUGUGGAAGAUCACAGUACCAGAGGGAGCUGGGAUUCAAGUGCAAGUGGUGAGUUUUGCCACAGAACACAACUGGGAUUCCUUAGACUUUUAUGAUGGUGCUGACAACAAUGCUCCAAGGCUUGGAAGUUAUUCAGGAACAACCAUACCUCCACUUCUCAACAGCACAUCAAAUAAUCUGUACCUAAAUUUUCAGUCUGAUAUCAGUGUUUCAGCUGCUGGAUUUCAUCUUGAGUAUACAGCUAUAGGUUUAGACUCUUGUCCUGAACCACAGACCCCAAGCAAUGGGAUCAAAAUUGGAGACAGAUACAUGGUUGGAGAUGUGGUGUCUUUCCAGUGUGAUCAGGGUUAUUCUCUGCAGGGACAUUCACAUAUCACCUGUAUGCCUGGACCAGUAAGAAGAUGGAAUUAUCCAAUUCCAAUAUGUUUAGCACAAUGUGGUGGUGGCAUGUCAGACUUCAGCGGAGUGAUCCUCAGCCCUGGGUUUCCUGGCAACUAUCCUAGCAGUUUGGAUUGCACAUGGACAAUAAAGCUGCCUAUUGGUUUUGGUGUCCAUUUGCAAUUUGUGAAUUUCUCAACGGAGACCAUACAUGAUUACUUAGAAGUUAGGAGUGGAUCUACUGAAACUAGCACUGUUAUUGGGAGACUAAGUGGCCCUCAGCUACCGGCCUCUCUGUUCAGCACUACUCAUGAAACCAGCUUAUACUUUCACAGUGAUUACUCGCAGAACAAACAAGGAUUUCAUAUUGUAUAUCAAGCAUAUCAGCUGCAAAGCUGUCCUGACCCUCGACCAUUUCGUAAUGGUUUUGUUAUUGGGAAUGACUUUACUGUAGGACAAACUAUUUCAUUUGAGUGUUUUCCUGGCUACACAUUAAUUGGAAAUUCAGCUCUGACUUGUCUUCAUGGCAUCAGCCGUAACUGGAAUCAUCCUCUUCCCAGAUGUGAAGCCCUCUGUGGAGGAAAUAUAACUGCAAUGAAUGGCACCAUAUACUCUCCAGGAUACCCUGAUGAGUAUCCAAACUUUCAAGACUGCUUCUGGCUUGUAAGAGUACCACCUGGGAAUGGAAUCUACAUCAAUUUCACAGUUCUCCAAACAGAGCCAAUAUAUGAUUUCAUAACUGUCUGGGAUGGACCAGACCAAACUUCUCCUCAAAUUGGACAAUUUAGUGGCAAUACUGCAUUAGAAUCAGUCUAUAGCACUUCCAAUCAGAUUCUGAUCAAGUUCCACAGUGACUUUACUACCAGUGGCUUCUUUGUACUUAGUUACCACGCCUAUCAGCUCCGGGUCUGCCAGCCUCCAGCAAAUAUACCAAAUGCUGAAAUUCUAACUGAGGACGAUGAAUUCGAAAUAGGAGACAUAAUAAGAUACCAGUGUCAACCAGGCUUUACAUUGGUUGGUAAUGAGAUUUUGACAUGCCGACUAGGUGAAAGGCUUCAGAUGGAUGGAGCACCACCUACUUGUCAAGUGCUCUGUCCAGCCAAUGAAAUGCGUCUGGAUUCAACAGGAGUAAUACUGAGCCCUGGAUAUCCUGACAGCUACCCAAAUCUCCAGAUGUGUGCGUGGACCAUUACUGUGGAAAAGGGUUAUAAUAUCAGCAUGUUCUUCGAAUUCUUCCAGACAGAAAAGGAAUUUGAUAUACUUGAGGUGUUUGAUGGACCAAAUAGUCAUAGCCCAUUGCUCAUUUCUCUCAGUGGGGACUAUUCGUCUUCUCUAAAUAUAACCAGCAAUGGCCAUGAAGUAUUUCUCCGGUGGUCGGCAGAUCAUGGCACCAAUAAAAAAGGUUUCAGGAUAAGAUAUAUAGCUCUCUACUGUAGUACUCCAGAGUCCCCUCCACAUGGUUUCAUCGUCAGUCAGACAGGUGGACAGCUCAACAGUAUGGUUCGCUGGGCUUGCGAUCGAGGUUUUCGGCUCAUUGGGAAAAGUACUGCUGUAUGCAGGAAGUCUCCAUAUGGUUAUUACUCAUGGGAUGUUCCAGUCCCAGCUUGUCAAGCAAUAUCUUGUGGAAUUCCUAAAGCUCCCUUAAAUGGUGGGAUAUUAACUACAGAUUACUUAGUUGGCACCCGCGUUACUUAUUUUUGCAAUGAUGGAUAUAGACUAUCAGCCAAGGAACUUACUACUGCAGUCUGCCAGCCGGAUGGUACCUGGAGCAAUCACAACAAAACACCUCGCUGUGUAGUUGUUACAUGUCCAAGCAUCAAUUCUUUUACACUGGAACAUGGAAGAUGGAGAAUAGUGAAUGGUUCACAUUAUGAGUAUAAAACAAAAGUAGUUUUCAGCUGUGAUCCAGGGUAUUAUGGUUUGGGACCAGCAUCUAUCGAGUGUCUUGCUAAUGGCACAUGGAGUUGGAGAAAUGAGCGGCCUUACUGCCAAAUUAUUUCCUGUGGAGAAUUUCCUACACCUCCAAAUGGGAAUAAGAUUGGAACUCAAAUCACAUAUGGAUCUACAGCUAUAUUUACUUGUGACUCAGGAUACAUGCUAGUUGGCUCUGCCGUGAGGGAAUGUCUGUCUUCUGGACUCUGGAGUGGAAUUGAGACCAGAUGUUUAGCUGGUCACUGUGGUAUUCCAGAUCUUAUAGUCAAUGGUCAAGUAAUUGGAGAAAAUUAUGGAUAUAGAGACACAGUUGUAUACCAGUGCAGUCCUGGUUUUCGGCUGAUUGGUUCUUCUGUACGAAUAUGUCAACAGGAUCACAACUGGUCUGGUCAGCUUCCAUCCUGUGUGCCCGUUAGCUGUGGUCACCCUGGUAGUCCUAUUUAUGGAAGAACAAGUGGAAACGGUUUCAACUUCAAUGAUGUUGUGACAUUCUCAUGUAAUACUGGGUAUGUUAUGCAAGGACCAACCAAAGCACAGUGUCAGGCUAAUAGGCAGUGGAGCCACCCACCUCCAAUAUGCAAAGUGGUCAAUUGUUCUGAUCCUGGAAUUCCUGCAAAUUCUAUAAGAGAAAGUAAAAUCGAACAUGGAAAUUUCACAUAUGGCACAGUGGUAUUUUAUGACUGUAAUCCUGGAUAUUUUUUAUUUGGCUCUUCAGUUUUAAUUUGUCAACCAAAUGGCCACUGGGACAAACCUCUACCUGAAUGCAUUAUGAUUGACUGUGGCCAUCCUGGCAUUCCUCCUAAUGCGGUCCUGUCUGGAGAUAAAUAUACGUUUGGGUCUACUGUUCAUUAUACCUGCACAGGUAGACGAUCACUGUUAGGGCAGUCAUCUCGUACAUGUCAGUUAAAUGGACACUGGAGUGGAUCUCUUCCUCAUUGCUCAGGUGAUACAGCUGGUUCUUGUGGUGAUCCAGGUAUCCCAGGUCAUGGGUCUAGAGAAGAAAACAAUUUUAAAAUUAAAAGCACGGUACAUUUCAGCUGUGAUAUUGGAUACAUCCUCCAUGGCUCAGAAGAAAGGACAUGGAUGGCAAAUGGAAGUUGGACAGGAAGACAACCUGAGUGCAAAGCUGUGCAGUGUGGUAAUCCAGGAACAACUGCUAAUGGAAAAGUAUUUCGUAUUGAUGGAACUACAUUCUCUAAUUCAGUAAUUUAUUCAUGCAUGGAAGGAUACAUACUUUCUGGAUCAUCUGUAAGACAAUGCACUGCCAAUGGAACAUGGUCUGGAUCCUUGCCAAACUGUACAAUUAUCAGUUGUGGAGAUCCAGGAGUCCCAGCCAAUGGCAUGAGAUAUGGUGAUGAUUAUGUUGUUGGACAAAAUGUUACUUAUAUGUGCCAACCUGGUUAUACAAUGGAAUCAAAUAGCUCCUUAAUUCGCACUUGUACUAGCAAUGGCACAUGGAGUGGAGUAAUCCCAACGUGCAAAGCUGUUACCUGCCCAACUCCUCCGCAGAUCUCUAAUGGAAGGUUGGAAGGAACAAACUUGGACUGGGGAUUUAGCAUUAGCUAUGUCUGCUCUCCAGGAUAUGAACUCUCUUUUCCUGCUGUUUUGACUUGUGUUGGGAAUGGAACAUGGAGUGGUGAAGUACCUCAGUGCUUGCCAAAGUUUUGCGGUGACCCUGGAGUACCUGCUCAAGGCAAAAGAGAAGGCAAAAGCUUCAUCUAUCAGUCAGAAGUCUCUUUCAGCUGCAAUCCUCCUUUUAUUUUGGUUGGUUCCAGCACCAGGAUUUGCCAAGCAGAUGGCACGUGGACUGGUUCUUCUCCUCGAUGUAUAGAACCUACUCGCACAGCAUGUGAAAAUCCAGGAGUCCCAAGGCACGGGUCACAAAACAACACAUUUGGCUAUCAGGUGGGAAAUGUUGUUCAAUUUCAGUGUAAAAAAGGACACCUUCUGCAUGGCUCAACCACACGAACUUGCCUUCCUGAUCUUACGUGGAGUGGAAUCCAGCCAGAAUGUAUACCUCACAGCUGUAAACAACCAGAAACACCAACUCAUGCUAAUGUUGCAGGAAUGGAUCUUCCCUCACUUGGUUAUACAUUGAUUUACACUUGUCAGCCAGGCUUCUUCCUGGCAGGAGGAUCAGAGCAUAGAGCCUGUAGGUCUGAUGGUACAUGGACUGGGAAAGUUCCAGUUUGUGAAGCUGGUUCCAAAAUUUUAGUGAAGGACCCCAGACCAGCUUUGGGAACACCAAGUCCCAAACUAAGCGUUCCUGAUGAUGUAUUUGCCCAAAAUUAUAUAUGGAAAGGAUCUUACAAUUACAAAAGCAAGAAACAGCCCAUGACUUUGACAGUCACCAGUUUCAAUGCAACUUCAGGAAGAGUAAAUGCAACACUUACAAACAGCAAUAUGGAAUUGCUGCUAUCAGGAGUGUAUAAAAGCCAGGAAGCUCGGUUAAUGCUCCACAUAUAUCUCAUUAAAGCACCCUCCCAUACAUCUGUGAGCAAGUUGAAAGAGGAAAAAUGGGCUAUGGAUGGUUUUGUUUCUGCUGAACCUGAUGGAGCAACAUAUGUUUUUCAAGGAUUCAUCCAGGGUAAAGAUUAUGGACAAUUUGGACUUCAAAGAUUAGGUCUUAACAUGUCUGAGGGUUCAAAUUCUUCUAAUCAACCACAUGGUACAAAUAGUAGUUCAGUGGCCAUUGCUAUCCUUGUGCCUUUCUUUGCUCUUAUAUUUGCUGGUUUUGGCUUUUAUCUUUAUAAACAAAGGACUGCACCUAAAACACAGUAUACAGGAUGCUCUGUACAUGAAAAUAAUAAUGGACAAGCUGCUUUUGAAAACCCCAUGUAUGACACAAAUGCAAAAUCUGUGGAAGGGAAAGCAGUACGAUUUGACCCCAACUUGAACACCGUUUGCACAAUGGUAUAA